AUGGCAGACGUUGAAUCAAUGAGUGUCAUUAAAGAUUUUGGACGAUUCCAGAAGAGGCAGUUUCUGUUAUUCUGUCUCGCAAUAUUUGUACAUCCGUGGUUCAGUAUUGGAAACACAUUUUACAGCGCUUCAGUCGAACACUACUGUCGUGUGACUGACAAUCAAACAUUCUCUGACAGUUCACAUAUGAAGAAAUGUACCAUACCAUAUAGGUAUGUGAAUGGUGAUUUGAAAUGGGAUUCGUGUAGAAUGUAUGCUAACAAUUUAACAAAUCAAAACGAAUCAAUACAUUUUGAUACAUACUCCCAGACAUGCCGACCAUCCAACGUUACCCGUUUAUGUGAUCGAGGCUGGAUUUACGACAGACGGGAUUUACACAGUACUGUUGUCACGGAGUUUGAUUUGGUUUGUGGGAAGGAUUUCAUGAAACAACUAUCUAAGUCAGUAAGCGCAUCUGGGGAACUUAUUGGCAGCCUCAUUUUCGGCCAAGUUGCUGACGUAUAUGGAAGGAAACCAACAGUGCUUGUAGCAGGCAUACUUUGUCUUAUAUUCGGCAUUUGUACUGCGUUUGCACCGUCAUUUGUCACUUUCAUCAUAGGAACUUUCUUGUCAGCUUUUUCUGCGUCAGCUAUUUGUUUGGUCAUAUUUGUACUUGCAACGGAAGCCACGCCUACAUCACGAAGACCGCUAAUAUCCAGCGGCUGCUCCUUAUCUUAUUCGGUAGGUUAUCUGUUCCUUGGAAUAACAGCAUAUAUUGUGCAUGGUAACUGGAGAUUACUUCAAUUUAUAAGUGGGGCAGUAUGUCUGCUAUUCAUACCAUAUUUCUGGAUCUUAGAAGAAUCAAUUAGAUGGCAUUUGCAGGCUGGUGAAAAUAGAAAAGCUAGAAUAAUUAUAAACAGAGCUUCAAAUAUGAAUGGAGAUACAAUGAACGAAGAGUUGUUUGAUGUUGGAUCCAUGUGCUCGGUGGUAGAGCAGCAGAGUGAGCGCAAGUCAAUGUUUACACUUUUCAAGACACCUGUUAUCCGGAAAAGAAUUCUAAUUACAUCAUUCUGUUGGUUCGCGAUUGGAUUGAUGUAUUUCGGUAUUUCUUUAAACGUCAACUUUUUUGCUAAGAAUCCUUAUGUUAUUUUUGUGUUUACUGCGGCAGUUGAAAUACCUGCUGCUUUGCUGAACUGCUGGUUACUGCAAAGAUAUCAACGGCGAAUAAUACAAUGUAUGACGUUGAUAUCGUCGGCAGUAGUUUUGAUGAUUGGCGGAAUCUCCGGCACGGAUUGGUUGCUGUUCAUAUCAGUUAUUCUGGUUAAGUUGUUUGUAACACUUGGUCUCAAUACGGCAACUUUAUAUACAGCCGAGCUUUUCCCAACACCAGUCAGGAAUGCGGCUUCCGGGCUUACACACGUGUUCAUGUUUCUUGGCGAUAUUAUUGCACCAUUCAUUAUGCUUUUGGAUUCCGUAUGGUACCUAGCCCCAUUGACAGUUUUCAGCGUUCCAUGUAUUAUAUCAGGACUGUUAAUCCUGCUUCUCCCCGAUACAAUGAACGGACCAGCUCCUGAUUCUAUUGAAGAACUAGAGAAUCCAUACAUAAUUUUGGAAUCAAAUAAAAAUGAGCAAGAUCGUACACAACUCGUCGUGAAGAACUACGAAUAA